AAAAGCUCAAGCUUUCUCUCUCUCUCUCUCUCUCUCUCUCUCCUGCUCUUCAUCUUCUUCAGGUCUAUCUCUCCAUAGUCCAAUCUAAAGGACCACCGAAACAGGAGCCAUAGCAGUCGGGGGCUUCUGUUUCCUUUUGGGGCAAGCAAGAUCCUUCACGUCGCACGAGGAGAAGCAAGAUCCUUCACGUCCAUGAGCUUGGGAACGGUCAAAGGGGCAUUAAGGAUUGAAAUAAUUUAAAUAUCCAUCUCUGGGAAAAUUUUCUUGUUCAGCUUGAAAGAAGAGAUCAUUGCAUGUGGACAAAUCUCUAUUAUCAUGUCAUGAGGGACCAGACUGCAAAGUUAGGAUGCUGGGCAUUCGUGUUGGACUUAUAGUUCAGCAAUAUGGAUCAAUUGUUUUCUGGUCGUUGUUUUCUUAAAUAAGUUAUGGAGACAGAGCUGUGUAGUGGUAGUAGCUCAGUGGUGGACAAGAAGAGAAAAAGGAAGAGGGAGAAGAGUGACAGAAAUGUUUCAGAUCUUGGGGUGGAUAAAGAGAAUUAUUUUCCAGAGAAAAAUUCGUCGGUGAACGUGAUUAUUUCUUUACCUUCCCCAGCUGAUUCCAGCUCAGCCCAGGAGAAUUCCAAGGCUCAGCCAUGCAAUGAAUUAAAUCCUUUACCUCCAAAGAAAAAGAAGAAGAAUAAGAAGAAGAAAAGAAAGAUCCAGGAAACAAGCACUACUCAAGGUGAUAUUGGUGCAGCAGUCCCAUAUUCUGUUCUGCAAGCUAAUGAGCUGGACAUUAAAGAUAAUAUAACAUGUUCCUCUAGCAAUUCCCAUCAAAGUUUGGAGCAUGAGAAAAUCCGACCAACUGGUGAAACAAACUGUGUUACCAUGAAGCGAAAGAGAAAGAAGGAGAGGAGAAAGUUGAUGAGGAGGAAAAAAAGAGAGGCAAAACUCUCUGGUAAGAGCGAUACGCUCACUGAAAUUCCAAAUAAUGUUUCACAAGUCGCUAAAUUGGAUGAAAAUAUUCUGAAGGAAUUUCCCUCAAUCAGUGGUAACGAAAGUGUCACUGAGAAGAAUUUGUGUUCAUUAGAAAAAGAAGAUGUACAUGGAGAAGCUCAUACCCUUUUGAGUGAUUUCAGCGAUAUGAGUACCUCUUCAAAGAAGAAAAGUGUCAAAAAACUCGAAACCGAUCGGAGGAAAAAACCACCAUCAAGGUUAAAAACAGGAACUGUGGAUCUUUCUGAGGAUCUCGUUCAUAAAGAGACUUCUUUUCAUUCUGAUGAAGCUCAUAUCUUUCAUCUUUCAGAUAGUAAACCCGAACAAGUAGAAGAACGAAUACAAGUUGCGUUAGCACAGGCUUCCAUAGGAACUUUGAAAGCAGAAGCCUCUAUUCAUAAUCCAGAGCAGAGGCUUGAUCUUCCAGAAAAACCUGAGACUAUCAAGCUGCAUGGUGCAGAAGAUGGUUAUGCUGAAGUUGUUCUAGUUGAAAGUACGACUGUGACUGAGGCUACAGAAAACAAAAAUGCCGAAAAGCUUUUCCAGGUUCAGACAGUGGAAGAGCAUGUGUCUCAUGUUGAUAAAGGAAUUGAAGCUGCAUCCAAUUGCAAUGGAGAAGCUUCAGUUGAUUUUGGGCUUGUUUCUUGUUGUGAGCACUCAAACGGGAAUGAUGUCAGGGUAAAGAGGCAGAUCGAUGAAGUAAAUCCUUUGUCAGAAUUGUUGGUGUCUGAACGUGAUAUUAAAUUAGAUAUUGAUAUCAACAAAGGAAGCAUGCCUUGGCAAAUUCCAGACAUAUUGUCAGAGAGGACUAGUGGUGAACCUUCUAAAAAAAAGCUUCUUAUACUUGAUCUGAAUGGACUCCUGGCAGAUAUAAUUCCACAUGUUGGCUACGGAUGUAAACCGGACUUAAUUGUGUCAAGAAAAGCAGUAUUCAAAAGGCCCUUUGUUGAUGAUUUUUUACAGUUUUGCUUUGAGAAAUUUGCUGUUGGGGUUUGGUCUUCAAGGACAAAGAGAAAUGUGGAUCCAGUUGUAGACUUUCUUAUGGGCGACUCCAAAGGGAAAUUGCUUUUCUGUUGGGAUCAGUCUCACUGUACUAUAACAAAGUUCACUACCAUUGAGAACAGGGAUAAACCCCUGGUUUUGAAGGAACUUAGGAAAUUGUGGGAUAAGCUUGAGCCAAAUCUUCCAUGGGAGAAGGGAGCGUAUAAUGAGUCAAACACUUUGUUGUUGGAUGAUUCUCCGUACAAAGCCCUUCGCAAUCUGGCAAACACUGGAAUAUUUCCCUACUCAUACCACUAUAGAGAUGCCAAAGACAAUUCUUUAGGACCUGGAGGUGACCUGCGGGUCUACUUAGAAAGCUUAGCUUCGGCUGACGAUGUUCAGAAGUAUGUAGAGCAGAAUCCAUUUGGUCAAAGGGCAAUUACAAAGUCAAAUCCGUCCUGGAAUUAUUAUAAGAGGGUGUUAGCUGCAGACCCCCUUGAAGAUGCUACUUCUAUAUCGAAGUGAGCACAUUUCUCGUCCUUAACUUGAAUGACAGCUUAAUUUCUGACAACUUGAACAUCUUUUUUGUUCGAGCUUGUUUAAGAAUUAAACAAGCAUGUGCGUGCUGCGUAGCAGCCCCUGGAAGUGUUAAGUUCACCUAGAAUAGUCUUUACUCUCGUCACAUUGACAAUCUUUUGUUUUUUGGGGUGAGAAAAACUUCAUGUUUUGACAGUCAAGUUUUAGAUGGUGUCUAUCUCUAUACGUGAUGAAAAUUUUUGUAAUACUUCAAGCCAGUCGCUUGUGCACAAUAAAAUGUAAGCUUCGUAAUUCAGCCUAGCUCUGUACUGACAAAAGAGAAGACUAUUUAAUAUACUGUGCCUUGAUGCAA